GCGAAAUAUUGAGAUGUGAUUUUCCAUUUCAUCUUCAUUCAAACGCAUAUUUAAACACUGCAUCGCUCUGCCUCUCCCUCUCCACCUUGGCCGAAUAGCUUCUGUAAUGGCCGCUUCCUCUCCACCUAAACCUUCGAUCUCCACCAUAAAUUUACAUUCCAAUUCUCCAAACAACCCAUCUGCUUUCUCAACAAAUCGACCCACUCUAAAAUUUCGGACCCGUUCGGCAUUUCAAUCAACAACCCUGCGGACCAAAUGGGGGAAUCAAUCGGGGUCGAGAACAGGAUCGGCGGUGGUGCGAUGCACGGCGGAGGGGAUGGAGAGAAGCAUACCAUUCGGCCGGAGAGCAAUCGGAUCCGCCGCCGACGAGCAAGCCGCCGGAAUCGGAGUCGGCUUGCCGGAGAGGUUUAAGGUUGUGGCGUUAACCGCAUUCGUGAUGUGUCUGUGUAAUGCGGACAGAGUGGUGAUGUCGGUGGCGAUUGUUCCUCUCGCUGCCAAAUAUGGGUGGUCCAGUUCCUUCCUCGGCGUCGUUCAGUCAUCGUUUCUAUGGGGAUACAUAUUGUCGUCGGUGGUUGGAGGAGCGUUGGUGGACAGAUAUGGAGGAAAGCGAGUGAUGGCUUGGGGAGUGGCCUUGUGGUCUCUUGCCACUCUUCUUACUCCAUUGGCAGCCAACCACUCAACAACCACUCUCUUGGCCGUUCGUGCCUUCUUUGGCCUCGCUGAGGGCGUCGCUAUGCCUUCCAUGACCACGCUCUUGUCAAGGUGGUUUCCCAGCCAUGAACGAGCCAGUGCAGUUGGUAUGUCAAUGGCUGGUUUUCAUCUUGGCAAUGUUGUAGGAUUGCUAUUGACUCCUGUUAUGCUGUCGUCCCUUGGUGUCACUGGUCCCUUCUUGCUAUUCUCGUCUCUUGGGCUUCUCUGGCUGAUGUCGUGGAUUCCUGGUGUUACAAAUAACCCGAGACAGAGUCGAAGUAUUAGCAUAACGGAACUGCGAUUGAUCGAAGCUGGGAAAGCCGAUUCUUCUAGUCGUAAUGGCGAGCACCUGCCUCUUAGCUCUCUUCUUUCCAAGUUACCAACGUGGGCUAUUAUAUUUGCCAAUAUGACUAAUAAUUGGGGAUACUUUGUUCUUCUCUCGUGGAUGCCGGUUUAUUUCAAGACAGUGUUUAAUGUGAACUUGAAGCAAGCAGCAUGGUUUAGCGCCAUUCCAUGGGGAACAAUGGCGGUUUCUGGCUACUUCGCGGGCUCGGUAUCAGAUGCACUAAUCAAAGCAGGCUACCCCGUGACAUUAGUCCGGAAGGUCAUGCAGUCUAUCGGGUUCAUCGGACCUGGCUUAGCAUUACUUUGUUUAAAUUUUGCGACAACGCCAACGGUUGCAGCGGUUUUGUUGACAGUAGCAUUGAGCUUGAGCUCGUUCAGCCAAGCCGGCUUUCUCCUCAAUAUACAAGACAUAGCGCCUCAACAUGCAGGAUUUCUCCAUGGAAUAUCAAACUCAGCAGGGACAUUAGCAGCAAUUAUGAGCACAAUUGGAACUGGUUAUUUUGUACAGUGGCUUGGCUCCUUCCAGGCAUUCUUGACUGUUACAGCAUUGAUUUACUUCAUGGCAGCCAUUUUCUGGAACGUUUUCGCUACCGGGGAGCGGGUCUUUUAGGCUCAUCUGUUUCAAAACCUGAGGAAGAAGAGAAGGAAGAAGAGAUUCAGUGGCUGAUUUUGUUCGGGGCUCUAUACUAAUUUAACAAGUAAUUCCAAUAAUUCAUAAAAAUUAAUAAAUGAAAAUAUAAUUCAUCACUA